AUGCAGAAGGGGGUGAGGUCGGGACAGGAGUUUGUUGAUCAGUUGGUUUCGGUUAAUCCCACUAUCAUCGACACCGUAGAGGCGCAUGGCGUAAGAAGUUACAUCUUCGCGCCGUGUCUCGUCUAUAGCCCUGGCGAGGGAUUCGGAAAUAAGACGUCGAUUCAAGACGUCGUGAUCGUCAAGGCGGCGAUGAAGGUGCGGAGAGUGUAUAAAGUGGACACUGAAAACCCGGCCAUGACGAAGGCGCUGGCGAAACGCAACGUGAUUGAUGGCGAUGACGUCAUGCAAGCCGACGAUGAAGUCUUGAAGAAGAUGGGCGAGGCAUUGGAAGUGUCACCGUCUAUGGUGCCGGUGCUUCUGGGCGGGAUGUGUCAGUUUACGCCCGAGCAUGGGAAGCAGAUUGGGUAG